AUGCAUCCGCAAGUGCGACGAGACGAGGCAAGCCGGGAUACCAAUCAGCUGAAAAUCAACUGUGACGUCUAUAACUACGGCGAGGAAGCUGGUACUCGCAAGGAGCGACUCCUCUUCGACAAAAGGCACAGCGUACACACGGGGGCUCGUGCGGGACACACAGUUGUGGUGGCAAGCUACAGCCAGCUGCAAAACCUAAAGGAUACCGAGAGUGCGCGUGAGCAGCGGCACAAGCUUUUCCUCCGCAUCAUUCUUGACGAAGCUCAACGUAUCCGUAGAUGCGAUCGGACCCGCCAAGGCAAGAUUCUCAUGUCAUUCGAUGCACAUUUCAAGGCCGUCUUCACAGGAUCUCCUGUGGUAAACACUAUACUGGACUUCGAUGGGUACUUGACGUUCCUAGAGUUCGUCGGAUGGGGAUGGGUCGCCGAUUUGAACUCAACCCACAGCACCGACGAGGUUCGAAAAUCACGGUACGACAAGUUCAAGGAAGGCCUGGCUACCGGUGUCAACAACCGCUCCGAGCCCCUCGAAGAUUGGCACAGCGACUGCAGCUCGGUUGAAGGGCUAGAUACUCAAGAUAUCAAAGAGUCAAUCGAAGAAGGGUGGCAGUGCUCCCACUGGCCUGCACUCGUAAGGUACAACGGUGAUCGACCACAAAGCCUGGAUCGCAAAGACAGGAAGAAAAUAGACGGCAAGACUAUCGUGAAAGAUGUUUCACCUCCGAUUCAGGGGAACUCCAACGAUAUGUACUAUCCCAGGAAUAGUAUCGAGUACUAG